UUGCCGCAGUGAAUCUGUGCUCUGAAGAGCGGGAAAAAAGUAGGCGGAGCAAGAUCACUUUUCUUCAUCAUCAUCAUCAUCGCACGUUAAUCCAUGGCGAACGCCGCCGCCGUUGAUCAAGACCAGCACUGGCUAAUCAACUGUCUAAAUGCCACUCUCGACACGAAUCAACAGGUCCGAUCCUUCGCUGAAACUUCCCUCAAUCAGGCUUCACUUCAACCAGGGUUUGGAAGUGGGCUAGCAAAGGUUGCUGCAAAUAGAGACCUACCCUUUGGAUUGCGCCAGCUAGCUGCUGUUCUUCUAAAACAAUUCAUCAAGAAACACUGGCAGGAGGAUGAAGACACAUUUGAACACCCUGUUGUGUCAAGUGAAGAAAAGGCGGCCAUACGUCCCCUUUUGUUAUCAGCACUGGAUGAUCCUAACAAGAAAAUCUGUACUGCAAUAAGUAUGGCAGUUGCAUCAAUUGGGCAUUAUGACUGGCCAGAUGAUUGGCCUGACCUAUUACCACUCCUCCUACAGUUGAUUGGUGAUCAGUACAAUAUGAAUGGAGUGCAUGGUGCAUUGAGAUGUUUGGCUCUCCUAUCUGGAGACUUGGAUGACACUAUGAUGCCGACUCUAAUUCGUAUUCUAUUUCCAUGCUUGUAUACAAUUGUGUCAUCUCCUCAGAUUUAUGACAAACAUUUGCGCACAAAGGCUUUGUCAAUUGUGUAUUCUUGCACAUGUAUGCUAGGUGUUAUGAGUGGUGUAUUCAAGACAGAAACUACAGAGCUGAUGUCACCUAUGAUUCCAUCAUGGAUGAACCAGUUUUCGGUUAUUUUAGCCAAUCCGGUUCAAUCUGAAGAUCCUGAUGACUGGAGCAUGAGAAUAGAGGUAUUGAAGUGUUUGAAUCAAUUCGUCAAAAACUUCCGUAGCCUUACGGAAGCUCCAUUUUCUGCUGUGGUGGGGCCUCUGUGGCAGACAUUUGUUACUUCAAUUGGAGUAUAUGAAAGUUCGUCAAUUGAAGGUACAAAUGAUUCCUAUGAUGGGAGAUAUGAUUCUGAUGGAGCAGACAAAAGUCUAGAGUCUUUUGUCAUGCAGCUUUUUGAGUUUCUACUGACACUUGUGGGCAGCAGGAAAUUCGUUAAGGUUUUCACAGAGAAUAUGGAAGAUUUAAUCUAUCAUGUUAUUGCUUUUCUUCAGAUGACAGAACACCAGAUACAAACUUGGUCAUUGGAUGCUAACCAGUAUAUUGCGGAUGAGGAUGAAAACAGCUACAGUUGUCGCAUUUCUGGUUCCCUUUUAUUAGAAGAGCUUGUUCAUUCUUGUGGUAUUAAGGCAAUUGAUGCCAUAUUUGCUGCUGCAAAAAGACGAUUUUAUGAGUCUCAAAGAGCAAAAGCUUCUGGUUCUAUCAUCUGGUGGAGGAUACGGGAGGCUACUAUUUAUGCUCUCGCUUCUCUAUCAGAGCAGUUGCUUGAAGCUGAGGUCUCGGGCCUUGGAAACCUAUUGGAGCAAAUAAUUGUUGAAGAUACGGGAACAGGAGUGAAUGAGUUUCCUUUUCUUUUUGCACGUGUUUUCUCUGCUGUUGCAAAGUUCUCUUCAGUGAUCAGCAGUGAAGUUGUUAACCAUUUUCUUGAAGCUUCUAUGAAGGCUAUUGGGAUGGAUGUGCCCCCACCUGUGAAAGUUGGUGCUUGCCGUGCUCUUUGCGAACUACUGCCUGGUGCAAACAAAGGAGUUCUUGAACCUCAUUUAAUUGGUUUAUUUUCAUCACUUACGGAUCUUCUCAACCAAGCAUCUGAUGAGACCAUGCAUCUGGUACUUGAAACAUUACAGGCUGCUGCAAAAGCCGGGAACGGAACAUUAGCAACUAUAGAACCUAUUCUGUCGCCUAUUCUCCUUAACACAUGGGCACAGUAUGUUUCAGAUCCUUUUGUAAGUAUCGGAACCCUUGAAGUUUUAGAGGCAAUAAAAGAAGCUCCUGGCUGUGCUUGCUCACUGGUUUCACGAGUCUUACCUUUUGUUGGACCGCUUCUGAGUAAACCUCAUCAACAGCCUGAAGGUUCAGUUGCAGCUGCCUUGGAUCUUGUUACAAUGUUAUUGAAGAAUUCUCCGGUUGAUGUAGUGAAACCUAUAUAUGAUGUUUGUUUCGACUCCAUUGUUGGAAUAAUCCUUCAAGCUGAUGAUCAUAGUCAAUUGCAGAAUGCAACACAAUGCUUAGCUGCUCUAAUAUCUGGGAGUCAGGAAAAAAUUCUUGGUUGGGGUGUUGAUCCUGGAUUUACAAUGAGAAGUUUGCUUGAUGUAGCUUCAAGGCUUCUUGAUCCUAGUAUGGAAAGUUCUGGAUCACUUUUUGCUGGAAGCUUUAUUCUCCAACUUAUUUUGCAUCUACCAACACAAAUGGCACAGCAUAUCAGAGACUUGGUUGCGGCUCUUGUCAGGCGUCUGCAAUCUUGUAUUAUUGCUGGAUUAAGAAGCUCAUUAAUUCUCAUUUUUGCAAGAUUGGUCCACAUGAGUUCCCCAAAUGUAGAACAAUUUAUUGACUUGCUAAUCUCAGUUCCCGCUGAAGGUCAUGACAAUGCUUUUGCAUAUGUGAUGUCAGAGUGGACAAAGCAACAAGGGGAAGUGCAGGGAUUCUACCAAAUUAAAGUUACCACAUCUGCUUUGGCAUUACUACUCUCCUCAAAACAUGUUCAGUUAGGGAAAGUCAGUGUUCAAGGGUAUCUGAUUAAGACUUCCGAUGGAAUCAUCACUCGUUCAAAGGCUAAAUCAGCUCCAGAUCAAUGGACCUGGAUACCACUUCCUGCAAAGAUAAUGGCUUUAUUGGCUGAUGCAUUAAUGGAAAUUCAAGAACCAGUCCUAGGUGGUGAUGAUGAGGAUAGCGAAUGGGAAGAUGGUGAAGCAGAGGAUGUAGAACUUAAGCAUGAUUUUGUAUCUACAACACUUGGCAUCUCGCCUAGUAUGAACUCUAAUGACUAUCUUGAUGCUCUUGCCAAAGUUGUUAAAGAGGAUGAAGAUGAUGAUGAUGAAGACGACCUACUAAGUUCUUCCGAUCCUCUAAACAAGAUUAAUUUGACAAAUUAUCUUGCGGAUUUCUUCCUGAAAUUCUCCCAAAGUGAGAGACAGCUUUUUGAUCAUCUUUGCCAGAGUUUGACCAAGCCUCAGCUAAAUGCAAUUGAAAUGGUGCUAAAGAGAUGAUACUUCAAUUUUACCAUCAUGGCUUGAAUGAAGAAGGUGCUCAAUUUUGAUUGUUUUACAAUUCUUUUAGAAUUUGAUUGAAGGAUGUGGGAAUGUUUGAUUGAGUUUUGUAAUGGCCAUAGAGGUCCUUUUUGUACUUUAGAGUUUGUGUUUGUAUUUUUUUUAUUUUAAAUAUAUUUUUAUGUAAACUGGUAAAUUACUGGUUCAAGAUGGAUUCGGUUUGAGAUUCAUGUAUCAAUAUGAGUAUUAUUACAUGUUUAUUGUAAAGGAGUUCUAUCUUUUACUAAUAAAACUAUCAUGAGCUUUUGUUUGUUCAUC